AUGGAUGCGAAGAGAGGCAGGGUGGCGGUGGUCGUCCUCGGGGACAUCGGCAGGAGCCCCCGGAUGCAGUACCAUGCGCUGUCGCUAGCGGAGCAGGUUAGUUGCCUCACUUAUAUAUGGAUUCAUCGUUGAUUUCACCUGGUAAUUUGUCGAAAAGGGGAGCGCUACUUUAGGCCUGAAGAGGGAUUCGGGGGAACAGUUCUGACCAAGAAUUUGGAUGACCGUAAAUUUCGCUUAAACUUGUAACGUAUCUGAAUUUUUUGAAUUUUCUUGGUCGUCCGAGGACGCAGUUGUGCAGUUUAUACGUCUAAAGUUUGAGAUAUUACGCACGAACAGAUGCGUAAAUUCCUCCUUCAUUUUUGAGUUUUGAUCAAGGGUGAGUCUCGAAAAGUAAUUGUGGCGAUCGAAAUGCUAAUAUUCAUUUCGGUUUAAGAUCACGUCUGGAACGAUAAAAUUUCCACAAGAUGUGUCCAGGGGCAAAGUUUGAGAGCUAGGAACCCUCUGGAAGGAGGCAUGAUUUUUUUUUAAUACGUCUCUUGGAUAGUCCCGUACUUGCACAUUUCUUCCAUAUGCAUUUCCAAUUCAUCUGAAAUGGGUGGCUUCUAGCACCGUCUAAUUUUCAGAAUAGAGCUUCUUCACUCUCUUGCGAGGCGCUUGGCUGUUUGUUGGUACAAUCUAGUAUGAAAGCCAUGCGAGGAGCUUCUGGUAGUCUGAAUCAUCGCUGGCUAGAAAAUCCGUUGAGUUGAUCCUAUGAUAUGUCGUCAGUAGAAUAAUAGGAAUAGAGAACGAGGUAACUACAGAUGGAAUUAAGAUGUACAUUGAGUUUAUUUUAUUUCAUUGUGAGGACGCACGUGAGUUCUUUUUAUUGAUAGAUUUUCUUGUGAUGGUGAAUGUUUGUUGGUUUCGAGGGAGGAUAUCUGUCUGAAAUGUAUAAGGCACGUGUGUUUUAUGGGUUAUCAACAUGGGCUAAAAUUAUAGGAGAAUUUGGAGACAUUCAUGCUACUAAAAACUCUUUAUGAAACCGUAUUUUCUACCACUUUAUGAAAUUGAUAAUAAUGAUUCUUUAUGUUUAGUUAAAGUUUCUUGAUGAUGCGAAAAGUGAGCUAAUUUUUUUCUCCUAGACAGUUUUUAUUUCGACAUUUCAGCGUAUUUCUGCUUUAAAUCCAUUUCAUUCACAGUCUCUUGAAUUAACCAGUGAGAAAGCGGUGAAUGUUUCCUUUGGGCUUUUACUUCUUUUUUUGGAAAUACUUUUUUCGCGUGGUAUUUAAGCAUACUCUUAAACAACACUGAUUCUCACACGUUACCAGCGGCAUGCAAAUAGCCCUUGGUUUAUGCUUCAUAAAUAACAAUUAUUUUGGUGGCAUUAAUGAUGGGAAUUCAAUUAUUUAUUCGAUGCCAGUUUAAAAAAUGUCGUUUUGUUAAGAAUUUUCUAGUUGCUAUGCAUUUUAACUUUUUUUUCGCUGUUUCAGCAUUUCUUUUUUUCUCAUUCAAGUGUGUCUUAUCUAUCAAUCAUGCAGGCUCAUGUGGAAGUGGAUAUUGUCGCAAAUGGGGGUAAUGUUUUCACAAUCUUCAACUUCCUGGUUGAAACAUUGCCAGUCAUGAAUUCAUGUAUCAUAGGCAUUGAAGGCUUGUCUGAUUAUUCCUUAGAUGUGGCAUUGAUGUUUUGUUCUGUCUUGUUAGUCCUGUGGAAAGUGCAAAACACAAUCCUGCUUUUGCAUAUAUGCCAUUUGAAAUUCUUUUUCCUAUUUUUUUUGUUUCAUGCAAUGUUGUGAACAAUCGUGGACCAGUUUUUGAUAGGAGGAGCUGGAUUUAUAGAAUUUCACUUGUGUAUACAUUACAUGUGGAUGAAAAGCCUAAUGUUGAGAUAUGUUUCAUCGAUAGGCUGAUAACUGCAGGGAUGUUGGAUCAUUAUGGUGAUGAUAUUUGUGACAUUAUUUAUCUGUAAAACAAAGUCCAAGGAACUACUGAUAUCAUGAGGGUUGGAAAGAGAAAAUUGUUGAACAUUUGCGAGACAAUUACCCUAAUUUGAGAAACUUAUAGCCAUCCGAGGUGGUGUGAGUGCUUCUUAUUCACUUCUCAUGAUUUUGAAAAAGAAAGAAGGUAUAAAUAAAUGAACCAGUUUUUUCGAAUGAUAUGUGAGAAAUAUGAGUAAUGUUUGUCGAGUGUGUGGCACACUUCUCACAGGGUUAACAAUUGCAACUGUCAGUGUAAAUAUAUGCACACGCAUCUACAAUUUAAAGAUAUUUUAAUUUCUUACAUUUCUCACAAUUUUUAUUCAGCAAAUUGGGAUAUAUCCAUAAAAAGUUGUACAUCACAGGCGGAUCAGUUUGAUGACCCUGUCUCCUAUGACAAAUAUCUAUGGGGUGCUAAUUUCAUGGAAUAGGUGCCAAUUGGCUGUUGUAGUGCAACAGGAUAACUAGCAUUAGGGGAUGCUCAGGAUAUCCUGCAUAAUUAUUUACCAAAUAGAAGUGAAGACUCAUAUUAAGAUAUCGGAGGGUAUUGCCUGUUGCGGUGCAACAGAAAUGCUAACCAUCGGGGUGCGUUCAAGAUAUCCUUACAGAAUUAUUUGAACAUUUCUGGCCCAUGGUGGAGAGUUCCAGGUUGCAGAGUUUAGCCAUUCACGGCGUGCCAACAUAAGUUGGUUUCUGGAAUUAGUUUUUUAGUAAACCAGUGAUGUGGAGACAUUUAUAUAAAUUAUCACAGUGGAGAGAGAUGAAACUUGCCCAUCUCAGCCUCAUCACUCUAGAAAUGACUGUCUUUACAAAGAAAGACACAUGAUCUUAUUAUAAAUGGAGAAAAAUGAAAAUUAAGGAUUUUCUUUGUCUAUACGUUCUGUCAUGUUUUCAAUUCAUGGCUGUUCUUUUUCUUGGAAGUAGUGUUAAGCUCUGCCACAACUAAAAUUCUCCUGAAACCUUUCUGCUAACUUUUGUAACAGAGGUUUGUCCUUCUCCAGGCCAAAAAGCAUUAUGUAUUUAUCCAAUUUGUUCCCUUGGUUUUUCAUCACGGUCUCAUCCAUAGAUUAUCCCUUUGAACUUGUUUUCAGCGUCACCUCCAUACUAGAAAAUAUCAAUAUCUGCCUUUGGUGGUUUAUGAAGCCACCAUUUAUGUAUCUUUGUGGACAUCAGACUGACAGGGAAGGAAUUUUAUAUGCCUACGUGGAAUAUUUUGAAAUGGCGACAUUCUACCGUGCAUGCCCUUUUAUUUUCUUCAUAUCUGCUGUACUUUAUUCAAAAUUCUUACGGCACUUGAAAAUGGUAAUCGCUUUUGUUCAAGCAUGGCCAAAGCUUUUUGUCAACAACAGUACACUUUACAUGGUGGAAACUGUUAUGCUACAUCCAUGUGAUAUCAUAUUUGAACUUCGCAGUACUGCUAUUCAAAUACUUAUUCUUAUCGAAGAGAAGGAACGAUAAAAACCGAAAUCUUCCUACUCGAACAAAAAGUCAUUUUGUUUACAAGUCUUCUUUAUAUAGUAAUUCGACCUAUUGCUCUGUGUGGUAUCACACCCUUCUCAAAGGAACCGUACGUGACACUCUCGCGUCAUACGGCUCCGCCCCGGAAUUUGGACCUCCCCUUUUCCUUGACCCUAAAGUCUUGUUAUGCAACGCAAGACGGCUUCACUCAAUUCAGUAUUUCAAUAGAACAAACAAGCCCACUAAUAUCUUAGAUAGUGGCCCUUACACUUUGGUGUAGUUGACCCUACCUAUUGACUCAAGACGCUUGCGUCUUACUCAAGUUCGGGAACACUGAGUCUUAUUAUAGUACGUUUAUAUGAUAGCUGGAGUUUUUUGUGCACUGCCAAAACAUUCAGGUAGCAAUUCUCAUCUACGUUCAUUAACCACUGUACUAGCCUUCAUUAUCUUUAUCCUGUGUGGCAUUUUCGUAAAAAUUGUACAUUUCUGCUGAUCACAGAGUUGAUAUCUUCCUUACAACUGUCCAACUGUUUGAGGCAGUUUAAUGUCUGCUGACCACAGACUUAAUAUGUACUUUACAACUGCCUAAAAUGUUUAAGAUAGCUUAAUUUUUUUAAAACUCAGUGCAGGAACUGAUCCACAUAUGGCUCUUAGAGACAAUAAGUCUAUUCAUCUACACACGAUGGUACCGAUCGAAAUGUUUUUGUCAUCUUGUUCGCGCCUCAAUUUGUCAAAAUGACACAUCUUUAUUUGGUAUUUUAUGCAGAAGUCCAUACAACUCCGAGGAUUAUCAACGGUGUCAAAGUCAGUGGCUCUGUUGCUGAAGGCAACAAUUCAAUUUUUCAUACUUGUCUGGUAUCUCUGUUAUAAGAUACCUCGUCCAGAUGUAUAUAUUGUGCAGGUGAUGCCUCAGUUUAAUAAUUUUACCACUUGAAUAUUAAUAUUUUAUUUGAACAAUGGUUGCAGAGACCUGUGAAAUCAUUGUCAAUGCAUGCAAAAUGUUCAUUCCGAUAAGAAUUUCCCCUCUCUUGAAUAGAACUGUGUUGAUGAUCGUGGUCAGAAACUGGUUUAAUUGUGUGGUUGAUUUCCGUUAAUUGGCACCUAAACAUCCAUGACUAUCAUUUUAAAUGGCUAUUUUUUCUUUGAUGGAAUUAAUAUUAUUGCAGUAGAUGUAUAGCCUGAAAUACCGGUAGAUGGGACAUGAUGCACGAAGUCAAGCCUUUUUUAAAUAAUUUCAUUUCUACCAGAAUCACGACAACUGGACUAGUUGGUGGGAUCGGUCAGUUUACUAGGGAACUGGUUGAUUUCGAACUUCGAUGCUAUUCUUGUGAAAUUAUUUUUAAUGUGUCUUUAUUUAUAUGUAUGACAUUAAAAAAAAUAAUUCAUAGGCAUGCUCUUUAUCUAAAAUAGUUAUGUCAUGGAUAAUUAAAAAUUGGAUUGUCAUUUAAUUUUUGCAUUCUUCUCUCUUUAAGACCACUUGUGAUGGCAGCGUUCUACUGCUAAUUCCUCUGAUUGGAACCUCGUUUCUUUUAAGCAUGUAAAUAUUUAAAAACACUGUUUAUAAAUAUUAUUGUUUUUCUUUUUGGUCAAAUAGUACCUUUGGUUUUCUGUAAUUUUUUGUUUGCUGCUUGUAGAAUCCUCCCUCAGUUCCAACAUUAGCUGCCGUAAAAUUGGCAAGCUGGUCAAGGAGGUCUAAAUUUAUUGUCGAUUGGCACAAUUUUGGCUAUAGUUUGCUGGCAUUAUCUCACGGGAGAAGGCAUGUGAUAGUGAGGAUCUAUUUCUGGUAUCCUCUCGUAAACUUUAAUUGCUUCGUUGGAGAAACAACGUAUUCCUAUAAUGUUCAAACUAUCUCAGCUCUUUGGCGCUCUGACAGGUUCGAGAGGUUCUUUGGGAAGAUGGCCGAUGGAUGCUUCUGCGUCACAAAAGCCAUGCAGCAUGAACUGGCACAAAAUUGGGGAAUCAAGUGAGAUCAUUGCUCUGAAUGAAUUCCUCUUUCCUUCAAUCAUCUGCCAAACUUUCUGUUUAGUUAUGCCAUAUUUCUUCUCCUCACACGACCAGGGCAACAGUUUUGUACGAUCAUCCUCCUGAAUUUUUCCAUCCAACAUCUCUGGAGGAGAAGCAUGAGGUGACCCAGCUGUGUUUCUUCUGUUCAGAGGUUAAUUCUUCUCUCUAAUUUCUGAAGCAUAACCUUUGGAGCCCUGGUAGUUAUUUUGUAGGUUAGAGAAUGAUCUCAGCCACCCAAAUGGCAUCCGUGAUUGUGUUAGCAUUGGUAAUCCCGGUAGAGUUCCAUGGUUCUUUAAGCUUUCAUUCCCAAUGCAUUUUCUGAAAGGGACCCUUUAUAACGUUUUAAUCGUUUUUACAGGGUCUAAGGGUCCAGCUGACAGCGGUAGAGCUGUGAGACAAGAACAGACCGUCUUCACUGAGAGAGUUGGCAGUGCCAUUUCCUUGAAGCCAAAUAGGCCUGCUCUUGUCAUCAGCAGUACAAGCUGGUGAGCUACUUUUUCUUGGGCCUUCUUCAUGGAUAGUAUUGCUGCACCUUGUCAAUCUAGGGAAUUUUCACCCUCUAUAUAUAGUAUCUUUGCAUUAAACAUUGAGGAAAACCUGCUCAUAGUCCCCUUGGGGUUUCUGAAGUGGUUGUAUCUGUUGAUACAUGUCGGUGCCUGCAUCAUUUCUACCCACAUGGUUGAGUAAACUCGUUGACCAAAAAAGGAUCACUGGCUCUCAGAUUGCUACCAAGCUAUCAGUCACCUUGGGGACUCCUCUGCAACCAUUCGGAGACCACCGCUAUGCUUUUAGCUAUGAAUAUAACUGGAGAAAAUUAUGCUUGGAAAUGGAUUUAAUUCUUCUCAAUCGUUCUUAAUUCUCCUUUUGGAAAACUGUUGUUCAUUAUCACUCUGGAUUUGAACCGGCAAAGUUUUCACUAGACAGACAGUUCACCCUCACCCAACAAUGCUCUCCCCAGAUCGAAGAGAGAGAUCUUCACGUCCAUGGGUUCAUUGACAAGAUUGCCAACUACUAUUUCUGACUACAAAACCACAGCUCCAUCUGGUUUUGUUAGGAGAAAACUGUUGCUAAUCCGUGUUUCAUGUGGUUUCCGGGUUUCCAGGACCCCAGAUGAAGACUUCAGCAUACUUCUGGAAGCAGCGAUCAUGUAUGAUAGGCGUGUUUCCGCAGCUUUAAAUGAGUCUGACGCAGCUGAAGACAGCCACUUUUGGAAUGGUAUGCACGAUGGGAGCAGAUUCUUGUAUCCGAGGGUUCUCUUCAUCAUCACUGGUAAACUCUGGUUCUCUGCCCUUUUUAGACUCUGCUGACCAUGGUUAGGUCAUCUAACCCAAUCUCUUGCUUGAAGGAAAAGGGCCCGAGAGAGAAAAAUAUGAGGGACAGAUAAGGAAACUGAGACUGAGGCGCGUUGCAUUUCGUACGAUGUGGCUGUCAGCUGAGGACUAUCCACUAUUAUUGGGUAUUUUUUAUUUAUUUAUUUUCAAAACUCUCUGUACAUGAUUUAAAAGAAGUCAACGUUUUUCCUCCAACUUGCUCCUUCCAACGAUCUUGAUUCUGCAGGAUCUGCUGAUCUUGGCGUGUCUCUCCACACUUCCUCAUCUGGUUUAGACCUUCCCAUGAAGGUAAACUAUUUGACCUGCUCAAAUUAUCUGAGGCCGAAGUAGCAGGCUUUGACCUGGUCAAACUAUUUGACCUCAGGUUGUGGACAUGUUUGGGUGCGGGCUGCCCGUCUGCGCUGCCGCAUUCUCUUGGUAAUUUCAUAUUCUCCCCAAUAUAUUAAAUUUCCGGCGGCUGUUGUUCUUAGUUUCAAAUCAUUUUUUUUUUUAAUAUCUGAAUCAACAUGGAAGCAUCGAAGAGCUCGUGAAAGUGGAGGAAAAUGGGCUCCUUUUUUCAUCCUCAUCCGAACUCGCCGAUGAACUCCUGGUAAGCACGCCCGGAUUUAUACUAUCUUUCCUGGUCAACCAUUCUAAAUCAGGUAAAUUCAUGAGGUCUCAGUCGUCCACUGGUUGAAAUACUGCCUCAAUUUUAUUUUAUUUUUUUAAAAAAAUAUUGGGAAGGUAGAUAUGAGCAACCAAUUCCUCUCUACCUUCCACGAUUCUGCAGUCUCGCCUUCUGCCCAUUCCCUUACUUGGCAUUGUGUUUCCGUAUACCAUAUUUAUGGCAGCUUCAUCAAAGGUUGGCCUUGCCAGAUUGGUCUGGCGAUAGUGAGCAUUCAUUCUCUCUCUAGGGCUUAUGAAGGGUUGACCUGAUGAUGCAGCUGCUCCUCGAGGGCUUCCCGGACAGAUGUGACUAUCUGAGCUCGCUAAGAGCGGGGGCCAUGGCGACCGGGUCCUCCUCACGGUGGUGGUCUUCCUGGGAGAAGCAUGCUCUACCGCUUCUAAAUAAGGUAAGUCCUGCCUCCGUUCUCUCUCACACAAACCCUAAUAAAAGUCAACGCAAGCAUGAUUUCCGUUUUUUUUUCCUGACCUAAUUGGUCUCUGGAUUGGGGGGGUGAUUGAUAGGUCGUAUGGGGAGUCGGCCGUUGACGUCCACAGAAGUCGACGGUGUCGAUUCUUCUCCAUUUGGACGGCGUUCUCUGUUCUGACCGGAGUUCCAAGAGUCACGGGUGCUCGGAAUUUUCCCACAUUUUCUAAUUAUCUCACUUAUUUUCGCCUGCCCGCGGGGGAAUCUUUUUUAAUGUGACUCAGGAAGAUACCCCUCAUUUCAUAAAUAUAUGUACAAAUAAUCGUAUCAAUUUUCAAAUUAUUUAUAUAUAUAGAGAGAGGAUUUUUCAUUAGUGUUUAUUAUUUUUUGGAGGGUCCGAUGAUGGAAAAUGGGUCAAGAGAUAGUGCGAAAUUAAUAUCUUAUUGAAUAAAUAAAGAUAAAUCUGGAUUGAAAAUAGAUGUGUCAGUCAACAUUACUAAGGUAUUUUUGGAAGUCUCCACGUGGACGGCAGCAAUUGACCGGUCUAGCUGGCUGCCAACUGCCCCACGGUCAAAUCAUCUGACAGACUUUUCUAUUGUUUUUCACCGUCCCCCCCCCAUCGUGCGCGCCUCCUCACGUUUGCCUUUUGUCUUCUUCUGGGGGUGAGUUUUCCGUAGGUGGGUCCCACAAUGAACGAGGUCAACGGUGCUCUGCCAUGA